AUGUAUCCUAUAGUAAUUUGUGCAGAUAUAGAGAAAAUGUACAGACAAAUUCUAGUAUGUCCUUCAGACCGCAAAUUUCAACAUAUAUAUUGGCGUUCAUACCCAGAUCAGCCUGUAACAGAAUUCGAAUUGAACACCGUCACUUAUGGUUUGAAACCUUCGGCGUUCUUGGCUUUACGAGUGUUGAAACAACUCGUAUUUGACGAGGGAAAGGAUUUUCCUAGAGCAUCUAAAGUCUUAGAUGAUGAUUUAUAUGUCGAUGACAUUUUAACCGGUGCCUUUAAUGUUCAGGAAGCUAUCGAACUGCGUGAUGAGCUUCAGGAAAUGUUGAAGAAAGGCGGAUUUUCUUUGAAAAAGUUUUCGAGCAACUGUCUCGAUAUUUUGAAUGACCUGCCCCCUGAUCAUAUUGAGGCUAAGUUAGAUUUUAACGAUGAUAGCAUGGGAAUAAAAAUUUUGGGUUUGAGUUGGAUUCCAGCAAUAGAUUCUUUCAUUUUUAAUGUAAAUGAAUUCAAUGAAAAACCAAGUAAACGUUCAAUUUUAUCCUACAUUGCACGUAUAUUCGAUCCAGUGGGCUUUUUAUCACCUAUUGUAAUUUCAAUGAAGCUUUUAAUACAAAAAUUAUGGUCGGAAAAACAUGAUUGGGAUGACCCCUUGUCAGAUGCUUGUCAUGGUGACUGGUCGAGAAUAGUGAGUGAAAUUCAGUUGCUGUCAAAUAUUAAAAUUCCACGGUCAAUUAUUUCUGCACCUGAAAGUAGCGUUAUAUUAGCGGGAUUUUGUGAUGCUUCCGAGAAAGCUUACGCAGCCACUAUAUACAUAUCCGUGAAAUUCAAGAAUCACAUAUACGCCCAUCUUUGGAUUGCAAAAACCAAAGUGGCUCCAUUGAAAACUUUGUCUAUUCCUCGACUGGAACUAUCUGCUGCAGUCUUGUUGAUCAAACUGGUCAAGGUUAUUUUAGAAAAUGUAUUUCCAGUGCCAAUUUCUGAGGUUCGUUUAUUUUCCGACUCUCAAAUUGUCCUUUCAUGGAUAAAAACCCCGCCUCAUAGGCUCAAAACGUUUGUUGCAAAUCGAGUAGUCGCAUUAAACGAUUAUGUUCCGGGUGCUUCAUGGCAUCAUAUCCAAACGGAUUCCAACCCCGUCGAUUUGCCUUCACGAGGUCUCACCCCUCAACAGUUCAUGAACCCGGAAAUUCAAAAAUUUUGGUUUCAUGGUCCUGAAUUUCUGUCGAUGCCUGUUAUUGAUUGGCCAACACCCUUUGUCAAUUCUGACAUUGAAACUUGCUUAUUACCUGAGUUGAAACCAAGUCUUCAUGUUGCAAUUGCAACCAAACCUACAACUAACCAAUUUAUAAAUGUUUUGGAUACUUUUUCGAGUUUGAAUAGGCUGAAAAGAGUAUUUGCUUACGUUAGGAGAUUCACUUAUAAUUGUCUGAACUCGAAAACACGUUUGUCUGGUCCACUUUCACAAGCUGAGCUCAAAGAAGCUCUACAUUCCAUUAUUUUGAUUACUCAAAAUCACCACUUUGAUCAAUUGAGUCAGAGUUUAUCACAAAAAAAAUCAAUUGAAAAAUCUUUUCGAAACUUGAGUCCUUAUAUCGACUCUGCCGGGAUUGAUCAGGGUGGGCGGUAG